GGUUCCACUCCUGCCAAUCCAAUCAACAGGAAACCACCCAACCAAAAGGUCCAAAACCAUCAAAAGCCCCUGGAACCAGUAAAACCCAAACACUUCCAAAAACACAACCUCGGAUCCAAACGAGUCGGCAUUGCUCUCCACUGCGCACGCGACACGCCUCUCAACAUUCCUCUUCGUCUCGAGAGAUCCAUCUCUCUCUCCAAUUCUCUGUGGAGAAGAAAAACAAAUCGAGAAACUGUUCGGUGAGAUUGUGGCGAUGGAAUCUUCCAAUAAUGCUUCGACGACGAAAGUGAUUACCGGCGACGCCGGAUAUGUGCUUGAAGAUGUUCCUCAUUUGACUGAUUACAUCCAAGGGCUUCCCACUUAUCCCAAUCAGUUGCAGACGAACCCCGCAUAUUCAGUUGUUAAGCAGUACUUUGUUAAUGUAGACGAUUCUGUGGCUCAAAAGAUCGUUUGUCACAAGAAUAGUCCAAGAGGGACACAUUUCCGACGGGCAGGGCCUCGCCAAAAGGUGUAUUUUGAGUCAGAUGAAGUGCACGCAUGUAUUGUAACAUGUGGUGGUCUGUGCCCUGGGCUCAACACAGUGAUCAGGGAAAUUGUGUGCGGCCUUUCCCACAUGUAUGGCGUCACAAGGAUCCUUGGGAUAGAUGGAGGAUACAAAGGAUUCUAUUCUCGAAAUACCAUUCCUUUAAAUCCCAAGGUUGUGAAUGACAUCCAUAAACGUGGCGGUACUGUCCUUGGCACAUCAAGAGGAGGCCAUGAUACCUCAAAGAUAGUUGACAGCAUUCAGGAUCGUGGGAUUAAUCAGGUUUAUAUAAUUGGAGGUGAUGGAACACAGAAAGGAGCAUCUGUGAUUUUUGAGGAAAUUAGACGCCGUGGUCUCAAAGUUGCAGUUGCUGGAAUCCCCAAAACAAUUGAUAAUGACAUUCCAGUUAUUGACAAAUCCUUUGGUUUUGAUACUGCUGUUGAAGAAGCACAGCGUGCCAUUAAUGCGGCACAUGUUGAAUCUGAAAGUAUUGAGAAUGGUAUUGGCAUGGUGAAGCUAAUGGGACGCUACAGUGGAUUCAUUGCGAUGCAUGCUACACUUGCCAGUCGAGAUGUAGACUGUUGUUUGAUUCCAGAGUCACCAUUCUAUCUUGAAGGGAAAGGUGGACUUUUUGAAUUUAUAGAAAGACGUCUCAAAGAAAAUGGACACAUGGUUAUUGUGAUGGCUGAAGGAGCAGGACAGGAACUUCUGUCAGAGAGCUUACUUUCCAUGGGGCAAGAUGCUUCAGGAAACAAGCUGCUCCAAGAUGUUGGACUCUGGAUGUCUCAUAGAAUCAAGGAUCAUUUUGCAAGACAGCGUAAGAUUGCCAUUAAUCUGAAGUAUAUAGAUCCUACAUACAUGAUCCGUGCUAUUCCAGGCAAUGCAUCUGACAAUGUGUACUGCACACUCCUUGCUCAAAGUGCUGUUCAUGGAGCAAUGGCAGGUUACACUGGCUUCACGAUUGGGAUUGUCAAUGGAAGACAUGCAUACAUUCCUUUCCAUCGCAUCAAUGAGAGUCGGAACAAGGUUGUGAUAACCGACAGGAUGUGGGCAAGGCUCCUUUCGUCAACAAACCAGCCAAGCUUCCAGAACCCCAAAGAUGUUGCUGAAGUCAAAAAAGAGGAAGCACCUGCCACUGGGUUGCUGGAUGGGGAUAACUCUAAAGAUGACCACAAGCCAGUUGACCAAAAAGCAUAACAGCAUGACAUACAAGGGAGUAUAGCAGUCACCUUUACUUUCAUUUCGUCGCAUCCUAAAUGUUGAGGGGUUCACGGGUGAUCUACCCAUUUUAGUUUAUGAUAUUACUAGCUUAGAAGCAAUGUGUGCCACCGAGAUAUAUUUGUUUGAACUCAAAAACAUUUUGGUGAUAAAAGCAGUGUUAAAUGUUGAGGGGUUCACAGGUGAUCUACCCAUUUUAGUUUAUGAUAUUGAGAGGCCGUAUGCCGCUAGCUUAGAAGCAGUGUGUGCCACUUGAGAUAUAUUUUUUUAACUCAAAAACAUUUUGGUGAUAAAAGCAGUGUAAUAUUGAUUCA